GUCAGCUUCUAUAAAAAUUUAAAGUUAGAAAAUUAAAAAUGUCAGAAUUCUCAACACAACUUACAAACAGACAUUAUUCUAAAACCAACAAAAUGUUUAAUGAAGAAAAUGCUCCAAUAAUAAACAAAUCGUUAUGCACAAAAUCGAAUUGCGAUCCAAAUGGAACAUUAAAAGAAUGUGAUGAAAGUUUAGAUAUAAAAUUAGGACGGUUAAGUUCUUCGAGUUCAUUAAGUUGGAGCGACGAGUAUGAAAGUGAGAUUACGAAAAAAGUUUUUGAAAAAUUGAGAAGGAUUGAUAGGGUAUUGAAACAACUGGAAGAAUUUCCUUCGCACUUUGAUAAAGAAGAGUUUGGGCAAUGGAUGCAGACCUUUCCAAAUAUUAGUAUAUUUGAUGCAGAACCUGCCAUUGAUAAUAAGGACAUAUUGGUGUUUGGUAGAACCUCCUCAAGAAAAUGUGAUAAAUUUAAUCAAAAAGAAUCUUCUGUGAUAAACAAUUUUGAAUUUAACUAUAAUAGGUUACUAACACAAAGGAGUGGAAAUAAUCGUAAAAGACACUUUGAUGACUUUAACACAAGAAACAAAAAUAUUUUUACUAUAUCAAAUAAACCUAAAAAUUUAGAUAUUGAUAGAUCAUUGAAAAUUAUACCAGUUAAAAAGCAGACAGAACGAAAAAUGUCAACCAAGUCACUUAGACAAUUAUCUAAAGAAUACACAGAAAGUCCAUCACAAUUUGACUCUCUUCCCUUUAUAGAAAUUGAAGAAGUUGGCAGUGAAAAUAGGAACCCAUCAAGUAAUUUAAAGACUAAAAAAUAUCUAAACCAUUCUUCAACUCUAGGCAAAAAUAGUAAUGUCUUAAUUUUACCUCCUAUUCAUGGAUAUAAGCUUAGAUCAAUAUCAGCUACUCCAGGCCAAGAUAAAUCAUCUCUAAAUUGUUUCUAAUUUGAAAUCCAUUAAAAAUAAGUACAUGUUUUAAGUUUAACAAGAUCAGAUAGGUAGAUACCUUAUAUACUUAAUUUUGCCAAACUAACUUGUCUAUAAAU